AUGCCGCCACAAUUAGCGACAGAACAUAAGUCUAUUAAGAGCGCUGACAUGAUGAAGCUUGCUCAUCCGGACAGCCAAAAACCUUGGAGAUCUUGGCCAAAUGGGCCAAGUAUUGGGCGCAAUGAAGUCAAUGGGGAAAAGGGCAAGAAAGUUUUAGAAGGAUUUAUCAAGGCCGAUAAUUGA